AUGCCUCGAGAAAACAGAAAAAGAGGGAAGAAACACAAAAAGCCGAAGGAAGAAGAGAGCUUUGGUCAACAAGCGCAUCAGGAGCAGCAAUACUUCGAGCCUGAACAACCUGUUGAAAACGGAGAGCCGUCUUGGAUUCGACCUGCACCCAGGGAUCAGGACGACUUCAACCCCGAGGCGCCAUUUGGAUAUGUCGACCAAGAUGUCAAGGCAUACUUUAGGACAGUCGACGUACAGAUACGAGAUUGGCAAGAAAAUGCAGUUGAUGAUGGGAACGAGGACAACGAUCCGAAUGAAGAGAAACGUCUUUUCUUUGUAGCAGCUCUCAAUGAGAUGCGUGAAAAAGAGAAACAACUUGCAACGGAUCCAGACUGUUCUGUGAUUCUUGAGCGUAUGGCUCACUCUAUGGACGAUUUUGUUCGACGCGUUUUCGUGGAUAGUUUGGCCGGUUCAUUCGAAAUCUUGGCCAAGCACCGGUUUGCUUCUCAUGUCGUGCAAACUUUGUUCGUGAUUGCGAGGGAGACUAUUGCUCGAGAGACUCGAGGAUUCUUUCCCAAAAUGGAGGGACAGGAAGACAGCGGUGAAUUGCGAACCUUGACCCAAUUGACUCUCGAUAUCUGCGAGGAGUUGCUUCCAAAUCUUUCCUCCCUGGUCCUUGAUCCUUUUGCUUCUCACGUUCUCCGAGCGCUGUUUUUGCUCCUUUCUCCCAAUACCGCAGCGGAAGAGGACAACAUCCUUCGUUCCAAAAAGAGUUCGGCAUGGAAGGCGAAGCAAGGUUCGAUGAAGUCAUUGUUCGCGGACAACAAGGGAAAGCAGAAGGAAGACACCAGGAGAAGCGUCCCGGCAGAAUUCACAAACAUGUCGCGUCGGUUCAUCCAAGAGUUGAGAACUAACCUGAGCGGGAACGAAGUGAGAGCCAUGGCUGCCAGCAAGGUUGCAAGUCCGACCCUGAAAGUCCUGUUGGGCGUGGAGGCAGAACUGGGUUUGUCAGAUGAGCCUGAAUCCCUUUUGGAUCAUGUUACAAUGGGCGUCAUCAGCCAUACCCAUUCCGGCUCUACGACUCUUCCUGAAGCAUCGGAUUUCGUCGGCACAUUGCUCAGAGAUCCUGCAUCCUCUCAUCUGCUCGAAGCCAUCGUUUCGCGAUGUCCUGAAUCUUCGUUCGGGACCCUAUGGCAACUAUAUUUCAAGGGCACGCUGGCUCGAUUAGCAGCUCAUCCUGUCGCCAACUUUGUCGUUGCCAAAGCGAUAGAGCGUGCCUCCGUCGAACAAUUACAAGAUAUCGCGUCUGAAUUAGAGGGAACAUGGAACAAAAAUAUCCGCACAUCAAGAACAGGAGUCUUGCGAGCUUUCAUUGAACGCUCCGCUGUCCUCAAUGCCAUGGAAAAAGAAACCAAGCAAGCCGUUCAAAGUGCCUUUGGAGUCGAGUCGGCAGACGCGAAUCUGAUCCACUGCAUUCUGACGGUGCUAACACUUGAGGAUUACAAAGCUUACAAGGCAGAGGCGACCUCAAAACCUAAAGCCCAGCGCGACGGUAACCAGAGACACAGGAGGGGCAACCAGCAAGAUUCCGACCCUCUGGCAUUCAAAACUCAAGGCUCAAUACUGCUGCAAGCAUUGCUUAAGCUUCCAGAACCUCAGAUCAACUUUGUCUUAGAGGCAUUGCAGCAGGUUCCCGUAGAAGACAAAAUUAAGAUUUGCCACGACCCCUCUGCAUCCCGCGUGUAUGACGCCUUCCUGGAAAACGCCAACAUUCCAUCCAAAGCCAAACGGCAAUGGAUCAUGGAGCUCAUUGGCCACUACCACGAACUCGUGGACGACAGGAUCGGAAGCCGUGUUGCCGACCGCUGCUGGGCUUUCUGUGACACAUAUCUGAAGGAAAAGAUCGCUCGGUCGCUCUUCAAAUACGAGUCACAACUGGCUGGCUCGUUCUAUGGAAAGUUCUUUGUCAGGAACCUCAACCUCCACCUCCUCCAGCGUCGACCGGAAGAAUGGAGAAAUAUGCAAUCGCAGAAGAAGAUCCAGGCUGAGCAAGCUCAAGCGCGAAACCAACGUUCUUCCAAACCUGCUCCAGCAGCCGUCAACGGGACACCGGGUGCGGAAUCGGAUGCCACCGCCCCAGCCAAGCCAGCCAAACGGAAACGAGCGAAAGCCGACAACGAGAUUGAAGAACUAUUCGAUGCGACUUUGGGUCGGAAGAUCAAGAAAGCGGCUUUGGGCGACGGGAUUGGUGCGACCUCAGAGAACAAGGAGACACCGAAACCGGAGAAGGCGAAGAAGAAGGAUAAGUCCUCGGGUGAAGACCCGUCCUUGGCUGCUGUGUUUGGUGCGAUUAAGGCUGCGCCAAAACACGAUGACAGCAAUCCGAAGAAAAAGAAGAAAAAGCGCACGUAA